GGAUAUUAGAGUAAGUGGCGUCUGUUGCUUUUUGAAAAACAUUCCUGGAACAAAAUGGGUUGCGGUAACUGCGUAUCAACAUGUGUAAUAGUAAUAACCAGUGUCGUAUUCUUGGUGUUGGCUGCAGCGAAUAUUGGUCUUGGAGCUUGGAUUGUCAUAACAACUUCAAUCACUUCUCCACUGAUUCGUUUAUCCGACAACGCUUCCUUUCUUGAGAUAGCGGCCUAUCUGACCAUAGGUUGCGGCGUUUUCCUGUUUGUAGUGUCUAUUAUGGGAUGCUGUACUGCUACAUGUGUCACAGAAUCCAGAGGCUGUUUCUAUUCAUAUAUUGCUCUAAUGAUGAUAAUUGUGGCGGUACAGUGUGGUGCGGUCGCAGUGGCAAUACAUUACAAAUCAUCGUUUAAGGAGAAAGGCGAGGAUUCUAUGACUAAGGCUAUCACCGAAGGAUACCUUGGGCCAUUUAAAACAGACAGUGAGAUAUCAACGGCAUGGAAUGCAGCACAAAUUUUACUUCAGUGUUGUGGUGUGUCAGGUCAAGAUGACUACAGCACGAUGGGUCAGUGGGACACACCAUGGAAGAUAGAAAACGCAAAAAUCCCAUUCUCGUGCUGCAAGAUUAAUAGCAUUGAAAAGGCAAUGGAACUGAUCACUAUGAAGGAAGUUCACAUCAUAAAGGACUUUCUUAAAGAUCCGAAUUGCCCCGUGUCGCGCACAGACAGUCACACAGAGGGUUGCUUUGCUGCUUUGACGAACAGAAUUAACCAGUUCGUGGCAUACCUCAUUGUAGUUGGCGUUGCCUUGGCUGUUGUUGAGUUGUUUUCUAUGAUUGCUGCUUGUUUCCUCUUCCCGAAAGUCAAAAAGUCUCCAGAAGAUUUUUAUAUAAUGAGAGAAUAGUAAUUACAACAAAAAGGGGUUCAAUAUUUUGCGGGAACCGUCCUUUUCGAUUGUCAGCAACGCAACUAUUCGAGCAAAUUGGCAAUCAGUUAUGUGUUGAACCAUUAUAUUAUAGAAUUAAAAGUUGCAUUUAAAAAUUCUAAACAAUACAUUAAAAGAUAGAUGCACCAUACCAUCCAAUAAAACUU